CAGAUAAGAGGAAGCGCAAAAAACUAUUUUGGUCCAAAUCGGCAAUAUUUUUAUAUUUAAAAUGAAUUGGGGACAAAAGACAACCUGCAGCCGACGGGCCUAACUUCCGGACGGUUAUCGCCAGUAUAUGGCUUGCUCCGAAAACUAGAAAACCGACGUCCUUAUGCUCUAUGCAACAAUAAAUGUAAGCUGCCGCAUACGAAAACAAACAAUUGAAGACGUUUUCAUGAGUAUAACCGAUUUUUAUGUGUAUUUCCUUCUCAGUGCACAAAAACGAAAUUAAAGUAGCAUCUCGGAUAUUUUCGCAACAAUUGUAUAAGCCAUACAAAUAUGAACGCUGCUGGAGGAGGUAGUGGCGCCCAGGCGGCCGGAGUGGCGGCAGGCAACAGCAGUCUCAGCCACAAUGCGCUACUUUCCACGGCCUCAGGAGCCACCACUAUGCCUAUGGCCCAACUGGCGGACGGUUGGUUGGAGCUGGAGUCCGACCCAGGUCUCUUCACACUGCUUCUCAAGGAUUUUGGCUGUCACGAUGUACAGGUGGAGGAGGUGUACGACCUACAGAAACCCAUCGAGAGUCCAUAUGGCUUCAUAUUUCUCUUCCGCUGGAUCGAAGAGCGACGUGCCAGACGCAAAAUUGUGGAGACAACUGCUGAGAUAUUCGUCAAGGAUGAGGAGGCCAUUUCCAGCAUUUUCUUCGCCCAGCAGGUAGUCCCCAAUAGCUGUGCCACACACGCCUUGCUUUCGGUGCUCCUGAACUGCAACGAGAACAAUCUUCAGUUGGGCGACACCUUGAGUCGAUUAAAAACCCACACCAAAGGCAUGAGUCCGGAGAAUAAGGGGCUGGCUAUUGGCAACACUCCGGAGCUGGCUUGCGCGCACAACUCCCAUGCAAUGCCGCAGGCUCGGCGCCGACUGGAAAGGACAGGAGCUGGCGUCUCAAGCUGUCGCUUCACCGGUGAGGCGUUUCACUUCGUUAGCUUUGUGCCUAUCAAUGGACAACUAUUUGAGUUGGAUGGCUUGAAACCGUACCCCAUGAAUCACGGCGGCUGGGAGGAUAGCGAGGAUUGGACAGAUAAGUUCCGACGCGUGAUGGCUGAGCGACUGGGAAUAGCGACCGGCGAACAGGACAUACGCUUCAAUCUCAUGGCCGUAGUGCCAGACAGGCGGAUCGCCAUAACACAUAAACUUAAGAUGCUGCGCACAAACCAAGCAAUCGUGUCCGGGACACUGCAGAAACUUCUAAAGGCAGACGAGCAGGGCGAAUCGGGGAACGGAGACUCACAACGUCCGGAUACACCCACCACAUUAUUGGAGCCAAGCGCUUUCACUGCACGUGAUCUGCAAUCGCUUCUCAAGAACCUAGACACGGAAAUAGCCAUCAAUGAGCAGCACCUGGCCGACGAAAACGAUCGGAGGCACAUGUUUAAGGUGGACGCCAGUCGACGCACCCACAACUACGAUAAGUUCAUCUGCACGUUCCUCUCUAUGCUGGCCCACCAGGGCGUCCUGGGCGAGCUGGUCAGCCAGCAUUUGCUUCCAUCGAAGAAAGUCAGUGGCCAGGGUGCAGCCAAUCGGAUCAGCAAGCAGAGCAACACUGCAAGUGCGGGCGGAAGCACCACAGGAGCCAGUGCUUCCACGCCCAAGACUCAGCAACAGCAGGCUGCGGCCGCUAAGAAUGGCAAGUCGCCAAGCAAAACGCCAGGCAGGAGGCGGAAGGGACGCAACAAGUGCAGAAAACGGAAGUAGGCGUACAGCAUGUACAUGUUUUUAAGAAUACAGUUUGCAUUUUUAAGACCAUUCAUUCCAGUAUUGUUUUUCUACAAUUUCCCCCACCAAGAAGCACCAUUUACCCAUAAGAUCGGAUAAGUUUAGUUUUAGUGACAUUCACAAAUGCGUUUCUUUUAAAUACGAAAUCAACUUGGCAGCUUCAUUUUUAUUUGAUCGCACUUCGACCUUUUUAAUAAUAAAAAACCAUUUUGUUCGUA